CACCAGCCGGCCAUUGAAUUCUAGCAACCAUAUCGAAAGGCAUCGGAGAUACGUGUCCGCCCGACGCAGUGUUUUCCAAACGAUGGUCCAGAUUCACGCCGUCUCGGCUAUAUUGUUCCUUGCGCUGAUUGCAUCAUCCAAACCGAUUACGGUGGAUGCAGAACUGCCGGAUGCGAAGGCAUCGUUUUCCUCGUCGAACCACAAACCAUCGAAUAUUUUCCGAGGGGAUCCCUUCGACACCGAUUGGGAUGACUUUGACACCGUAACGAAACGCAACAAGAGCGCGAAGACACCACAGUUCGGUUCAUCGCGCCGUGGGUCUUCCUUUUUUGGAUUUGGACGAGAAUUUUCUUUCUUCGAAUCCGCUCCAUGCCGGGUAUAUCAAAGCAGCAACAACGACGACGGCGAGGAUCGGUUUGGUGGAUAUGCGUACGAUGAUUCCGAUGCCGAUGGAUACGAUCUUAGCAACCACGAGGACGACGAUCGAAACGACGAGGACGAUGACGACGACUUUUUCAGCCGCAUGGAACGCUAUCGCCAACGACGAAAAUCGAUUUCUUCAAUUUCCAGCGGGGGCUUCAACGACAACGAAGGCUAUUCUUUUUCCAGAGGAGGACGCCCGCCGUUCAAUCCAUGGCAAGACAAACAACAACGGCGACGGAGAGAACAACGGCAACAUCAAAAACCUAGGAUAAUACAGGGCGUCCAAGAUUGGUGGAUGGAAAGGGUCGAUCCCAAGCUACAAUCCUUGCCCAAGAUAGUAUGCCGAAUCGAACCAAACACAACGCUGAAACUGCGCAAGACCUUUCGACCACUCAAAACCAUAGUUCGCCUAGGGGCAGAUUACAACACACAGCAGGGCAUAUGGCAAUUUAAGUCUUCCUGGGAGGACUCAAUCAUUGGUGGCAAAAUUACCCUUUCUGGAAACAAAGAACUGCAGCUGACAAAAUCAUGGCAAAUGAGUGUGGGUGGUGUGGAAGAUUUGGUCACCCGGCUGCGGCUGAGAGCGACUAUCAACCUGCAAACCUUCCAGGCCUACGCGAAGGUCGGCUUUCGAACCGAGCGCCUCACGCCCAUCGACGUCAUCGAGGGGUUCACCAUACUGAAACGAUUGCCCCUAGACGGAUCUGGUGGCAACCUGAAACUGGAGGUGAAGGCGAACGUUGCCCUGCCGGAACCCGAGAUAGAGUACCGGACGGAAUCACAGGCAAGGUCGCUGACGGGCAUGGGCAACGUCGAGGUGAGCAUCGACGAGAUGAAUCUCCUGCUGGAUUAUUGAUCGAUUCCACAAAGAUUGCAUUGUACGGUGCUGUAAUAGAAACUUGUAAGACUA